AUGUCAUACAUUAGUUUUAAGGUGACAAAAGAGACUAAAUAUUCACAAAUUGUUCGAAUUUGUGGUAAUCAUCCCCUUCUAGGUCAAUGGAAUCCUCAUGAUUCUUACCUGCUCUGCACCUCAAGUGAUACUUACCCUGAAUGGACUCAGGAAAGCAAAAUUCAAAUUGAUCCAAGUUUUAUAUUAGAAUUCAAGUGUCUAAUUUAAGAUGGAGAUAAUUAUAUAUGGGAGAAUAUCCCAAAUAGAAUUCACAAGUGCGAUUUUAGGCGCAAUUUCCUAUAUAUAAAAUUUGAUGAUCCUUAAAUGAACAUUAGAACUUUUUAAAAAUACGAAAUAUCACAUGAAUUUGUUCAAGAAGAGCUAAUUUAAAAAAUGAAUCGAUCAAGAGACUAUAACCCCUUUGAUAUGGCCAUAGAUUCAUCCGAUAAUGAAAGUAUUCCAGAAUAUGCGAAAGAAGUUAGAGGUCCCACAAGCAUUCGUUAAUUAGAAAUCGAUUGGCGAGAUUUAAUCAAAAGUCAUUUUGAAAGUAAACAAAAGUUAAAGUCAAUUUCUAAAUUUAGAAAAAUAUCUGAAUAAUAUGGAUCGCCUGAUUUGAUAUUCGAUUACAAAAGGAAGCGAUCCAACUCAACUCAAAUACUCAUAGAUUCUUAUGUGAUUUGUUUGUCGUUGAAGAUACCUAUAAAAAUAACUUUAAUUGAUUAAUUUCAUUAAGUGAAAAACAAACAGGAUAUAACAAACAAAUACAAGUUUGAAUUGACCUCAGAUCCUUAUUAUGCCAAUAUGUACAAUCUCUUUAGCAACAGAUUAAGUCUGAAGGCGAUUUGGAUUGGAUGGAUGGGAAUUUAAGUUUAGGAUGAAAAUGAAUACAUUCUAAUUUAAUAACAUGUUUACGAAUAGUACAAGUGUUUUGGAAUUUAAAUAGACGAGGAUUUAUUAGAGUGUUUCCCUUAAUUGAUAAGUCCAAUCUUCAAUAAUUUAACCCCAUAAUUGCGAUUGCAUUCAGAAGAUGAUUAUAUGGAAAUCAAUAAAAUAUUUGCAAAAUAUGUACAAGAAGCACUAAAUUGUACACUAUUUCAAAAUUAAUUUUGUCAUUUGCAUUCUAUCUUCAUUUUUGAUUACCACCUUUAUUUGAUUCCAAUCUAUAUCAAGGAAGGAUUGAUUAGGAAGAAUGAGAGCAGACCAAGAAUAUGUAUAAUAAUGAGAAGAUCAUUUCCAAAUCCAAAAUAGUUUAGAAUAUUAUCUUGUAGCGAAACUAUUUUAUCGUCUAUAUUAAUGAGUGAUUUGAUCUCAUUAAUACAAUUAAAAGACUUGUAUCAAUUUGUGCAUUGUUUACCAUAAAAAUACCAGAAACUAACACAGGUCUAAGGUGUGAGUGCAUUUACUAUUGAAGUAUUAGGCAGAAAAAUCAUAUUGGAUUAUGGAAGUGUCGGUCUCAAUAUCAGAUAAUUACAAAAUUUAAUAACAGCAGAUGAGCCUGUCUAGGAAGAAUAAUUCACACUUCUUGGAGUUGAUAGUCUAUCACUUUUAAGUGGUCUACAGCAGAAAUUCAAAAUAGUUGAGUAGAUGCAUUUACUAAAGUAAUAUAGGAUUUAAUUGAUUCAAAUCUUAUAUACAAAUAAUGAUGAAGAGUAUUAGAGUAACUGCUAGAUAUAAAAAUACUUGGAAGAAAUAAAAACCAUAGCCAAAUAGAUUAAUUAGAAAUAUCAAUAGGAAUUAAUUUAAAUAAAGCUAGAUCUAUCCUAAAGUGAACUAAUAAGUCUAUACGGAAAGACUGAUAUCUUCAUUAAAACACCCCUAAGAGAAAGCAUAUCUUCGAACUAUUUGGAAUAUAUCUAUAUUAGAUAAUCUAGAAAGAAGUCAGCUAAGCUAGUCUUGAGUUAAUGGUGUUCAUUAAAAGUAGACCACAAGAAGAUCAAUCCAAAUAACACUAUAGAAUCAGCUCAAGCUAUUUUGAAUUACUUGAAUGAUAAGAAACCAACAUUUAUUAAUGUUCCAAGCAGUAAUGAUUGGUUACUUAGGUUGAAUGAUCAUUUGAGUUAUUGUGAAGAUUCUUGGCUUGAUAAAUAAUUAUAUGAUUCAGCCAAAGAAUUAACAAUUGGAUUAAAGGAUAAACACUUCUGUUCAAUUGAAACCACCAACAUUGUGUCUAAAUUCUCUAAUAGCAAUCAUUAGGAUAAUCAGAGAAUUAUAAUUUUAGCUUAUACUAAGAGAUUUGUGCAGAAAAUCUAAAACUUAGAUUAAUUAGUUUAAGCACUUGAAAAAUUAGCUUAGGAUGAGAAUAAUACCCUUAUUAUUGUAUCUGAUUAAGAGUCUGAAGUUCUGGAAUUGAACUUUGGAUCAAUCAAUAAUUUAUAUAUGAUUGCAUAGGAUGGACUCUUUAUAAAGUAAAAUAAUCUCACCUCCUUCUAAUAAAUUAUAGAGAAAGACGAUCAAAUUGAAGGUAAGUUAUAGUAAUUAUCUCUUAUGGAACAUUUGAAUUUAACUGAGAAAAAUUAAAUUUACACUUUGUCUUUAAAAGAGAAAGUUAAAGAUACAAAUGCUGCAGCAAAUGUUUUCUUUUCUAAUUUAAUUAAAGAGUUAAAGAUAGAAUUUGAUGACUACUUGGUUUUUUAGGAGAAUUAUACUAUAUAGAUCAAACAUUAGUAUCAACAGAUAGAGGAAUUGUUAAGGAUGAUAAUAAUAAAUGAGACAAAUUAAAAGGGAUUGGUGUCAUUUGCUAAUAUCAUUUCAUUUGAUAGAGGAUGGUUAGAAAAGAUAAUGCUGAUAUUUUAAUCCGCCAACAUGCCAUUAAACAAAGUAUUAUAGUUUAUAUUACAUAGAAAUUUCAUUGUGUCUCUAUUUCAGAUUAAGUUGAAAAGAAUAGCAAUUUAGUCAUAGAAUCUACAUAAGAAAUUAUAAAAUUGUUAAAUCGAUAUGUUUUGGAAAGUUAAGAUCAAAAAAUGA